AUGACGCAGAGACUCCUCCUGUUCAAGCGAAGCCUCUGUCUGAUGAGAUCGUCGUCUGCUUCGCAAAAAGGAGCUUCUGUCUCCUCAUCUUUUACGACGAGCAGUUUUGCUCCCCCUCGUUGUCGUUUUUUUACGACGACGACGAGUUGUCGUUUACAUUCGAGCAUUUCGUUUCCCCUACUCGUACAACACCUCCUCGAAACAAAGACGACGACGACGAGAAGUACAUGGAAACAAUCAUCAUCAUCAACUACUAGUACUCAUAAAUACUUCUCUUCAGACGUUCCAGAUGCGAUGCAAAUUAAAAACGCGAACAAAUACCGCAAGGCGUUGAUCGCGGUGAUUCAUUCCCCGAAAAUGUUCCACGUGUUCCAAGGGACCGGAAUCGAUAUUUUGGACGUCUACGUGACGAAAGACGGAAAAUUCGCGAAGGUUUUAUUCGCGACGCCGUUUCAAGAUCGACGAGAAUCUUUAGCGAGGAAAUUAGAAGUGAACGCGGGGAAGUUGAAAUCAUACGUGAGCUCGAUAUUGAAGAGCAAGAACACGCCGAGAUUGACAUUUGUGGACGCGGAGAAGAGGAAGAUGGAGUACGCGCGAGAGACGGCGGCGUUUGAGGAGAUUCGGAGAGAGCGAAUCGAACGAGGGGAAGAGGAGGAGGAGGGUGAAGAGGGUGAGGACGGCGAGGAAGGUGGUGUGAUUCCCAAAGAUGAUGGGAGAUUGAUUAGAAAACGAUGA